AUGAACACCAACUAUAACAACCACUUUUCGGAGACUUUGGCAUAUCACAGUGUUUCAGAAGACUCGCCUGCAAAAACGGCCUCGGACCACAACCCAAACUCCGUAUCAUCAUUUGAAUCGCAAUUAGAUCUUUCCCCUGAGGGGUACAUCAACUCCAUCAAUGAGGAGAUUUAUGCUGCACACAUGAAUCCUGUAGUAGAUCAGAUGCGAUUGAAUAACUUUGCUAGUGGCAUUUCUAAUCAAGCCACUGAAAACUCCCUGACAGGCAAUAUUGGCGGUGAGGUUGAAAGUACCCUUGGAAGUCAGGCCAUUUCCAAGAGCAAAAGAGCGUGUGAUUCAUGCAGUAUCAGAAAGGUCAAGUGCGACUUAAAGGUGCCUUGCAGUAGAUGUGUAACGCAUGGCUUGGAUUGUACAAACAACCGAGUAAAGAAAAAAUGUGGUCCAAAGAGAAUUCAUGACAAGACGAGAGAUGCAAUUAAAAAGUUGGCUAUAAGCAGUGCUUUGGAAAGCAAUCAAUUUGUUCCUGUGAUUAGCUUGGACAGGCUUCUACCUUGUCUCAAUGUUUACCAGGUUUGGUAUUAUGGAAUUUGGCCAGUUCUAUCAGUUGCCGAGUUGAUUUCACGAGCUAGUGAUCCUUCGGUGUACGCAUUGAGUUGUGCAGUCUGUGCCACUAUAUCAAGCCAAGUGCGGUUCAUGACCAAUCAAAAACUCAUCCCAAAAGGCAUUCUUGAUGUGGAUUUUGCAUCGGAAGCAAUUCGAGUAAAGAAAGCUGAACCAACAGUAGAGAGUGUUUUGACGUCGUUUUUUCUCCAUAUUGCAUUAUCCAAUGCCGGGGCUAGUCCAACUGGUAUAUGCUAUUUGCGUGAGGCGAUUACGCUUGCACAGAUUAUGGGGCUAGAUAGGACCGAUACGUAUUCACGAUCUCCUGCUGAAACUCAUAGAAUGAGAAAGAUAUACUACCUAUUAGUGGUCACAGAAAGAUUUGUGUGUCUAGAGCAGUCCGUUCCAGUUAUACUAGAACCGUCAGUGCCGCUCCCUUCACUUGAUGAUGAAGAAUAUUCUAUUUUGAUUGGUGGGUUUAGAGAAUUGGUUAAAAUAUUUGCCAUUCCCAACAAGUCCAUUUUUGACCAGUUCAGAGCGAUAAAGAAUAACCCACAUUCUUUCCGUUUGAUAUCAACAAUACAGAAUCAGCUACAGCAGAUCACUAUACUAGAAGCAGCACCUGACAUUCAAAAGGCCAAUAUCUUGUUGAGCAAGUAUUGGAUGAUGAUCUUGACCUGGGAUGUUGCUAGUGCAAACAAUAUGAUUAACAAUGCGGAGUUUUGUUUAUCAAACGAGUUCCCCAUAGCUAUUGCCAAAGAAUUUUGUGAGAAGACGGACGGCCUACCCCUAGCCUCAUAUGAGUUCAACGGUCCCGGUGUAUGCGUUAAGCUUGAGGUGAUUGCAAAGGCUUUAAUGAAAGCGGUAAACAUAACAAGAAACACGACUGGUUAUGAGUAUGUGCAACGCAUCUUUGACUUGCUAACGUUGUUAAGGAACGAUGUGCGGCUUUCAAUAACUCAGUUUCAAGCGUUGGAGAUUACGUUAAAUGAGAUGGAAUCGAUGUUGCAGUUUAGGGGAGAAAAAGUAGGCUACAUCACAAACAUUGACACAUUUGAUGAUGUAAUUGGCCUGAAUGUAUACGGAGGGCUAAGGUCACAAGAAUAA